UUGCCCAAGCAAAUGACUGCAUUGUGAGUCUUUGCCUCUCCUUCAACCUCAUUUCAAUUCUCUCACCCAUUCUUUCUUUCUCUCUUCUCUUCUCUUCUCUUCUCUACUUCUUCUUCUUUCUUCUUCCCUUUCCUCACUCUGCACUCUAUCGUCUUUUCAAAACCCACCCCAUCCAUCUCCUUUUCUUCUUCUUCUCUCUUUUCCUUCCUUCUAUUUCCACACACUCACACCACUUACCUUAAAGUAACCAUAAACAAAACAACACUGUUCUUAGCCCAACAAAAAAUAAAUAAAAAUCUCUACUAUUUGUUAACUAUAUUUCCUUCUCCAUAAUAUAAUCAUUUGUGUUUUCCUUGUUUUCUGUUUUUUUUUUCUAUCUUAUAAUAUAACCCUUUUUUUAUCAGUUGUGUGUAUAUUUAUAUUUAUAUAUCGUUCUCUCUCUUGGAUAUGUCUAUGGCUGGUUUGGAUUUAGGAAGUGCUUCACGCUUUGUUCCAAACCUUCACAGACCAGACUUGCACUUGCAGCAACUCCAUCACGAUUCAGAGGACCAAGAGACGCCGCCGCAGAACCGCGGAGGGUUGCCGUUCGAUGACGAUGACCGAAGCCAAGGAUUGGAGCUAGCUUCCACUGGUUCCGGUGACGUGGUCGGUCGGCGUCCACGUGGAAGGCCGCCGGGAUCCAAGAACAAGCCGAAACCGCCGGUGAUAAUCACGCGGGAGAGCGCCAACACGCUCCGAGCGCACAUCCUCGAGGUCGGAAGCGGCUCCGACAUCUUCGACUGCGUCACCACCUACGCGCGCCGCCGCCAGCGCGGGAUCUGCAUCCUCAGCGGUAGCGGCACCGUCACCAAUGUCAGCCUCCGCCAGCCCGCCGCUGCUGGAGCCGUCGUCACGCUCCAUGGCCGCUUCGAGAUUCUUUCCCUCUCCGGCUCCUUCCUCCCGCCGCCGGCUCCGCCCGGGGCUACCAGCCUCACUAUCUACGUGGCCGGAGGGCAGGGCCAGGUGGUCGGUGGAAACGUGGUUGGGGAGCUGACUGCAGCGGGGCCGGUGAUCGUCAUCGCGGCGUCGUUCACGAACGUAGCCUACGAGAGGCUACCGUUAGAAGAAGAAGAACAGCUUCAGAUUCAGGCACCUGCUACGACGUCGUCUCAUGGCGUUGGAAAUAACAACGGCAACAAUAGCAAUAACAACUCUUUCCCUGACCCUUCUUCGGGACUUCCCUUCUUCAAUUUACCUCUGAAUAUGCAGAACGUUCAGUUACCCGGAGAGGGUUGGGGGGGAAACGCUGCUUCACGUCCACCACCUUUUUGAGUUUCUUCUUUCUCUCCAGAUCCAUCUUCACCCAUCAAUGAUUUCUUCAAGGGAUUACUGUAUGUUAUUACAAGGUCAGCACAUUCAUGGACUACAUAAAUACUAUGAUUAAUUUUCUCUUCUUCCUCUUCUCUUCUCUUCUGCUGCCGAUGUUAAUUAAUGGUUACUUCGAUAUGGUUUCAGUCUCAUUCAUCUCUUUAUUUCCUCCUCCGUUAUUAUAAUAUGGAACACUGCUGUAUAAUUUAAUUAAUUACUAGCUUCUGUUUAAUUA